AGCGUCGGCGCCUCGCGGAGCCUUAUUCCCGGCCGCGCGCCGGGAGAGCUCAGAUCGAAGGAGCUGCGCGCAUCACGCAGCUGGCCAGCCUGACCCGGGCUCAGGGACUUGGGCCGACAGAAGCACGCCCGGACCGACGGAGUGAGCAUACAGACACCCAGGGGCCUUUAGAUCCACGCAGGUCCCAGCAAGACUUGCAUCCGGAGGCCGGCAGCAGUCCGUGCCCCGCGGAAUCUACUGCUCCCCUCCCACCCUAUUUCCAGUGCUAGCGCCCGGUGGCCGCUGCCUCCAAAGUGAUUGAUUGCUGCCGCGCCGCCUUCGCCGGGUCCGGGACCAUGAAGCUGCUGCCGUCGGUGGUGCUGAAGCUCUUUCUGGCUGCAGUGAUCUCAGCGUUGGUGACCGGAGAGAGCCUGGAGCGGCUUCGUAGAGGGUUGGAGGGUGGAACCGGCAACCUGGGAUCUCCCACGGAAUCUACUGACCAGCUGCUGACCCCGGGAGGUGGACGGGGCCACGAGGCUCUGGACGUGAAAGAGGCUGACCUAGACCUUUUCAGAGUAGCUUUCUCCUCCAAGCCACAAGCUAUGGCCACACCCAGCAAGGAGGAGCGUGGGAAAAGGAAGAAGAAAGGCAAGGGCUUGGGGAAGAAGAGAGACCCAUGUCUUCGCAGAUACAAGGACUACUGCAUUCAUGGAGACUGCAAAUAUGUGAAGGAGAUCCGGUCCCCAUCCUGCAUCUGCCACCCAGGUUACCACGGAGAGAGGUGCCAUGGGCUGAGCCUCCCAGUGGAAAAUCGCUUAUCUACGUAUGACCACACUACCAUCCUGGCUGUGGUGGCCGUGGUGCUGUCAUCUGUCUGUCUGCUUGUCAUCGUGGGGCUUCUCAUGUUUAGGUACCAUAGGAGAGGAGGUUAUGAUGUGGAAAAUGAAGAGAAAGUGAAGUUGGGCAUGACUACUUCCCACUGAGAGAGACCUGUGCUCAAGGAACCAGCUGGGGACUGCUACCUCCGAGAAGACACAAGCUGAUCACAGACUCUGCAGAGGGGAAGGACUUCACAACAAGCUGUGAAGACCCCUUGUCACCAACUGCCAUCUAGAUUGGGCCUCCCUUAAUUGCUUUUCCAGAGCCUUCAAGUGCCAAACAGAACAUGUCCAGUGGGGUCUGGAUCAGAAGGAAGCGAAAGCGAGGGGCCCUCAGGCCCUUCUGAUUCCCCUCUGCCAACCCCUGCUUAACCUGUAAAGUUUGUUUAAACACUUGUCUUCUGGAUUAAGAUGCCAGUUAAAUUCCAUGUGCUCCAGGAUCUGUGACUGAAAGGAGGGAAAGGAAGGAGAGGGAGAAAGAAAGGUUCAUGGACUCUAAGAAAGUAACGAAGAUUGAAAACCCACAGACUCAAGUAGUUACCACGGGAUCUGCCAUUGGACCCUCCGGCGCUGGAUUUGAUGAGCUAACUGUGAAAUACCUUAAGCCUGAGAACUCUGAAUUUUGGGACUUCUACCCAAAUGGAAAAAUAACAACUAUUUUUUUUUUGUUUGUAAAAAUGCCUCGUAAAUUAUAUAUUUAUUUUAUUCUAUGUAUGUUAAUUUAUUUAGUUUUUAACAAUCUAACAAUAAUAUUUCAAGUGCCUAGACUGUUACUUUGGGAUUUCCUGGCACCCCCCCCCCCCCCCC